GAGGAGCGGGUGCGGGGCGCGGGGGGGUGCGCGGUCCCCGCCGCCCGGUCCCAGCCGCCCCCCGGCCCGCACCCCCCGCGCCGCAGCUCCCGCCCUUGCAGCGGGGCCGGGUGCUCGGUGCGGGCAGCGGGGGACGCUGGUCACCCGGCCCGGCUCCCCACCCCGUUACCGUUAGGCGGGGGCGCCCCUGCGGGGAGCCCGCCCCGCCGAGCCGUACCGGUGAGCGGGGGUCCCGCCGUGACCCCACCCUACCCGGGCCGGGCCGCCCUGCCUUUGUCUCCGUCCUUUGUCUGCCCCCGUCCCCGGCCGGGGCAGGGACUGCUCCUGCCACCAGCCCUGCGGGAGCGCGGGGUGUGCGCUCCCGCACACCCCCCCCUCCGCACCGGGCACCCCCGCAUCAUGACGCCCUACAGCACCCCCCUACAGCACCCUCCGCACCCCCGCGGCCAGCACACCCUGAGCCCCUCCCAGCCCCACCUCCCCCCGCACCAUGCGCCCCAGUCCCCCGGGAUUCCCGGCGUCCCCAGUUCCUCCCCACAUUCCCCCACUGCCUUCCCCCUGUCUCCUCCUCCUCCUUCUCCUCCUCCUCCUCCUCUCGGGUUUGAACACCCCCCUGCCCCCCCGGCAGACCUGCCUCCCCUCCCGCUGCACGCACAGCCGCUGCCCUGCCCUGCCUGCCGGGCUCAGCCCUGCCAGACCGAGGAGCUGCGGACAGGGAAGACUCCUGAUAAUGGGCCAAGUUCCCUGUAUAAGAAGCCUGAAAGCUUUGCAGAACAGUUUCAAAACCUCCAGGCAGAGGAAGCUACAGGUCUGACUCCCACCAUGCUUCUCAUCACUGCACUGGAACUAGCUGUUUCCACAGAAGAGCCUCCUGUUCUUCCAGCCACAUCACCACGGUCACAGGCCCGCCUCAGGCAAGAUGGGGAUGUGAUGCCCACCCUAGAUAUGGCACUCUUUGACUGGACAGAUUAUGAGGAUCUCAAACCAGAAAUGUGGCCAUCUGCUAAAAAGAAAGAGAAACGCCGCAGUAAGAGCCCCAACAGCGGAAAUGAAACAGUGACAGCUGAAGGAGAGCCAUGUGAUCACCACCUUGACUGCCUCCCAGGCUCUUGUUGCGACUUGCGUGAGCACCUCUGCAAACCACACAAUCGAGGCCUUAACAACAAAUGUUAUGAUGACUGUAUGUGCACUGAAGGGCUACGUUGUUAUGCCAAAUUCCACCGGAACCGAAGAGUGACCCGGAGGAAAGGGCGCUGUGUGGAGCCCGAAUCAGCCAACGGAGAGCAGGGAUCAUUCAUUAAUGUUUAGGAGGGAGGGACUCCUGCCUGGAUGGUCAUGAGGUGGUGUCAAACUAUUUAUACCUAGCAAUGGGAAUUAGAGGAAAAAGACAAGAAAAUGGCUGAAGCUGCAGGCUCUGAACAUGCCAGGUUCCAACCAAACUGAAGCUCGUGUUAAUUACAAAUAGGGUGGCCUCAGCCUUUUCCAUACCAGGGCUGCAUUCACCCUCCCUUCCCCCGGCACAUUCCUGCCAUCAGGAUGAGGCCCCUCUGCCAGGUAGUAAGAGAUGAUCAUGACUACCGUUCUGAUGGUCCUGGCAGGAAAAGGCUCUGUAGUUUCUUCUCCUCUCAACAGAGGCAAGAUAUGAAAGUUCCUUCAAGUCAAAGGGGAUUUGAGCUUAAACUUUACCCCUUAACUAUUGCUUGAGAAGAAAGGUAGAUCCUCCUUAAGGACCAGAGGUUCCUAGGAGACAGGAAGCUUGUAGCCUCUAGGUGGAAUCAAACAUGGGAAAUGGAUCAGCAGGAAGCUGGCUGCUCAGGUGAGAGGGGACCCUCUGACAGACCUCUUGCUCUCUCCCUUGUUCACUGCUACAGACAGAUAUUCCCUAGCUGUUACACACUACCGCUUCCUACCUGUCUUCUUUGGGACCAUCCAGUCCCACUCCUUCCUUCCUUUCUUGCUUCCAGAGAACUACCUGGUUUCUGCAAGGAUGUGGCAAGACAUCCCAGCCUGCAGCUCUCACUCAUGUAGUUAUCCUGCCAAGUCUGUUAUUUUUAAUGCUUAUUUUUAGGAGCUUUCUGGGGAAGUGAUAGUUUUCCUAGUGAGCCAAAAAUAAAAUUUUUGGUAACAGGAGAUAGGGACAGGCUGUUCCGUUGUAGUAAAUCCUGUGACAUGUUGCAUGUGUGUUUCCAUGAUAUGUAAAUAAAGAUACGAUAGAUA